UAUUUGUGUGUAGUGUUGCUCCUGAGUGUCACUGCCUGUACUUGGUGGUGAAUGGCUUUGAGAGAAAAUGAUCCAUUGUGUCUCUUUACUUCUCACUGGUGCGAUAGUGUCAAAGUUUGUGUGUUCGUGAUCAGUUCCAGCUAAUUCUUCAAAGACGUGGUGAAGAGAUCUGCUAUGGAGUGAACAUAAGUAAAGAGUUACUGUCACCAACAUGAGUUGGAGCUUUCUCACUCGACUGUUGGAGGAAAUCCACAACCACUCCACGUUUGUGGGGAAAGUUUGGCUGACUGUGCUAAUUAUCUUCCGGAUCGUUCUGACCGCUGUGGGAGGUGAAUCAAUCUACUCCGAUGAGCAGACAAAGUUCACCUGCAACACUAAGCAGCCCGGCUGUGACAACGUAUGCUACGAUUCCUUCGCCCCGCUGUCACACGUCCGGUUCUGGGUGUUCCAGAUCAUCAUGAUCUCCACCCCCUCCGUCAUGUAUCUGGGUUACGCCAUCCAUAAGAUCGCCCGUGCCUCAGAGGAGGAACGGUGCAAGAACAAGAUUUAUCAAAAGAGGAACUGCCACAGUCGGUGGAGAAAUGGACACCACCUAGAGGAGGUCUUGGAGGAAGACGACGCCGAGCCAAUGAUCUACGAAGAAGACAUGUUGGAUGAGCAGGAGGUCAAACCAGAGACAGACAAGGGCAAAUGCCAAGAUCCAGCGAAGCAUGAUGGCCGCCGUCGGAUCAUGCAAGAAGGCUUGAUGAGGAUGUAUGUGCUUCAGCUUUUAUCCCGUGCCAUCUUUGAGGUGGGGUUCCUCAUGGGUCAAUAUCUCCUUUACGGCUUCCGCGUUAACCCUUCGUAUGUCUGCAACAAGAUCCCAUGCCCACACAGAGUAGACUGCUUCGUAUCUCGACCCACGGAGAAGACCAUCUUUUUACUCAUCAUGUACGUGGUGAGCUGUCUUUGUCUGCUGCUCAAUGUUUGUGAGAUGUUUCACUUGGGGAUUGGUUCCUUCCGUGACACUCUUAGUAAACGUCGAAGAAAUGGUCAACAACCUCCAUACGGCUACCCUUACUCCAGGAACAUUUCUAGUUCUCCGCCUGGAUACAACCUGGUGGUUAAAUCUGACAAACCGGGUCGCAUUCCCAACAGCAUCAUCCUACAGGACCAGAACAUGGCCAGAGUGAUUCCUGAACAGCAUUGCACAAGUCCUGAUGAGAAUAUUCCCUCUGACCUGGCUACACUGCACCAUCAUUUACGAAUAGCUCAGGAACAACUUGACAUGGCUUUUCAGACAUAUAACACAAAAAACGCUCAUAUCUCCAGAGCUAGCAGCCCUGUGUUUGGUGGCACAAUGACAGAGCAGAACCGGGUCAAUACAGCUCAGGAGAAACAGGGUGCACGACCGAAAGCCAGCACUGAGAGGGCAGGGACAAUAGCAAAAAACGGAAAGACUUCUGUGUGGAUUUAACUCUUAUCUGACUAGUCAUGAUGCAUUAUCCUCCAAAACAUAUUGUUUAGUUAGUGAGGGCAUGACUGAACAUUAUGUACCCAAGUUCUGUUGAACAUUAAACAAAAUUGAACAAUAAAUAUAUUGUAGAAGGGUAGUAUUCAUUUAUGAAACUCUUUACCUUGCUUUACUGUGUUUUCCCUUCCUCUGAAUAAUUACU